AUGUCAGUUGAUUUCUCAUUUAUUUUAGUUUACUGUAUUUACCUUAUUCUUCUAUUUUUCUCAUUUUUGGGAAUAAUUGCAUCUCAAUCUGAAAAGAUCAAUGAUGAAGUUGAACUAGAACUUAUACAUGAAGGACGAAUAUUGCCAGCUGUAGCCGUAGUUGCAGCUCGACUUGUAGCUGCUUUGGGGCCACGCGUUACUAUAUUCGUUACAUGUAUGGGUACAGCUUUUACAUUACAAUGUGGUCAAAAGAUGCUUGACUGUGCCACACGUGGAAAAGUGCCUUGGGAUUGUAUUGGUGGUCUUACAUGCAGUGGUAAAUCAGCUUUGCAAUGUGCCAGAACAGCUGGUUAA